ACUCAGAGUAACCUAAAAUAUGAGCUGUUAAUCCCCAAACUCAGAGUUCAACCUAAAAUUUCCAAUUGCUCAAUUGAGCUGUUAAUCCCCAAACUUAGAGUUUAACCUAAAAUAUGAUUAAUAGUUUCAAAUCAUGGGGACUGCGUGUUUUCUACUACCCAAAUUCAAGAACUACAUUUCCCCUUUUUUUCGCGAUCUCCACCAGUUUUCGUCGUCCGCCGCUCUAAUCCGACGUGCCUGGACUCUCCUCCCGGAGGAACCCGAAUCCGAUGAGCCGGAUGGCGGAAGCUUCGUUUACAGGCGCGCCCUCAAGUACCAGCGACCCAUCACUGUUCAAUACGAUGAAAGCUUGCGCAACUCUGUCAGCUUCAUUGGUACUAUAGACUACCCUAUCAAAAACUGCAAUACCACCAAUGGACAUUUUGGCGUGUAUACAAUGCUCAAUGUCAAAGCUUCCCCUGGCCUGUACCGCGACUUGAGGGUACUGCUGAAAAUGUGGCAUGAAAUGGCUGAAAUAUCGGUACAGCAUCUCAAGCCAAACGAUUUAAUUUAUGUUUCAGGUCAUCUAGGAUGGUAUACCAAGGUGGACGAAUAUGGGAGGUGUAUUCGUUGUCAUGAGGUGCAGGUUAAGGAGAUAAAUUUUGUUGCCCAAAGUGGUUUGGCUCCUGCUUGCAAGAAAUCAAAAAAAUUGGAAUCAGGAGAUUCGACAGUAGAUUAUGCACAGAAGAAACGAGACAGACUCCAUUUAUGGCAAGUUUUCUUUACCAACCCUAAUGAAUGGUGGGAUAAUAGGAAGAGUAAACCUCGCCCAAAUCAUCCAGACUUUAAGCACAAGGAUACCGGUGAGGUCCUUUGGCUCCAGGACAAUGAUCCUCCAUGGAUCAAAAAACAAGUCCAACUAUACGAUGCUAGAUUGAGGGAACAAAGUCCAGAAAACAUAUUAGUCCCCUUUGGUUUAUGAGGGCACAUAAGGAAUUGAAACUCAGAUACGGGGCUCCAAGUGGUGAAAAUGUGAGUUAAAUAUACUCUCCGUUAAAUUGUUUCCAAUAAUUUAGAUUGCUGCAGCACGAGGCAUUUCUGAUGUUUGGAUCUUAUAGCUUCCCAUGCAUUAAGAAGGAAGCAACUUUGUGUUUCAAACGAAAUAUCCAGGCCAUAAUUAAGGUAUUGCAGCUUCAAACCACAAAGAAAUUCGUAUCUCCUCCUUCAGAUGAUUUGCUGAAUACAACUUGCGUUGGUAAAGAAGCAUGCACUGGUUAGUGACAUGGUGUUGCGCCAGAUAAAGAAAAGCUCAUCAGCUCAUAUCCUCCUUGAUAUCUACUGUACAGAAUUUUCUUCAGGAAAAAAGGUUACACAGGCUAGUGACUUGGUGUUGCUCUGUAUUGUAUUUACAAGUCAUACUUUGUUACCUCGACUGAAUAUUCAUUGGAGAACAAGCGUAGUGUAAUGGUUUUACAUGCAUAAAGAUUUGAGUGACAAAAGAAUAUACUUAAAAUGAAACAUGUAUAUUGUUUCUUCCUUCUGUCUAGUUAUAUUAUGAACCCUAUAACUUAAUAAUCUCUUUUAUGUAAAAAAUUUUCCCGGUUUUAA